CGAACUGGAAUCGUCAACCGAGAAUGGCUAUACUGUAUUUUCUGCGCGAUUUCCAAUGUUCUAGAAGUGGUAUAUAUUCUAUAAACAAAGUUAAUUGUCGGAUCAAUGCUUGAAUAUGGUACUGCGGCGACAGAUGACGUUAGGUGUCCGUGCAUGUUUACUGCAUGCGAUCGUAAGCGUUUGCAUAUCUAUUGAUAUUGCGAUGGCCCUAGCAAAUGUUGAAUUUUACAACAUAAAUGAAGUUUUUCUCUAUAAUUCUCCGGACAGUUGUAGAAGCAACGAAUAUUUCGAUACAUUCACCUUCAAGUGUAAUGUUUGUGAUGAAACAGUGCAUCUCGUUGCAAGUGACGAUUAUUUAUCGUGUACGUGUGACGAACGCUCGAUUCCUUGGCGUGAUUAUGACAGUACCACGCAGGGACCAAUCUGCCGCAACAUUAGCGAUUUCUUCGAUGUCCCAGGACCUCGUAUUGAACUGAUAAAGUUCUGUAGAGCUCGGCAAGUGGAACUGUUAAAUACAACCAAAUCAGGCGGCCGAAUCGUGCAAGUGCAUCGUAAAACAUAUCCACCGGGAAACGAAAGCACUGUCUGUGGUUGUGGUAACGGUCAACAAGAUGUCGUUACAUACGCGGAUCAGGUGGGACCGAACGAAAGUAUCCCUUACUGCUUACCGCAAUUAUUACUUAGAGAUGUUCAAAAUUAUCACCCUUUCAAACUAAAUCACCGCCACAACAGUAACGUGUACAAAAACAUAAAAUAUUUGAUUUUGUUUUGUCAUGUUAUGCGGAGCCCCCAACACUGUCAUUAUUUGGCUAACCUGUGCGUGUUAAGUUUCUACAGUCUGGACAAAUAUUCGCCAUGCGGCAUUUUUUAUACGUACCAAACUUACGACAUGUCGGAAGGGGCCAACGGCAUAUCGAAUGCGAUAGUGAGUGCUAAUCUUUUUGGAGCAGGAGAUGGCUUUGGAAAGGCCGCCAGCCUGUGGUCCCUCGGUGACAACGUAAAACCACCCUUAUUCUAUCGCCGAGGAAAGUAUGUUAAUGAGAUUUUGGAAAAGUAUUUGGAUUUUACGUACGACAUGAACGUCAACAAUCUGCAAAACAGUACGAUAAACUUCACCCUCAUUAGCUACGAUUUAUACGGUCAUCUGAAGAGUUUUCGUGCCAUGCGCCUAUCGGAUUUGAACUUGUGCGAACGUUACUCGGUCAGCCAGGAACAAAGGGUUCGCUUUGCUCGAAAUUAUUACCGCCGGUGUCGAAUAAGUUUGAGGCGACUGCUAGACGAUUUCGCCGGGCCGGAAUUCAUCAAUCUAUAUGCGGACUACUUUGAUCAGAAAGCACGCCUGUUGCGAUCGAUUCCGAUACUGGUACGGAAUGCGUUUUCUCACAACGAUCAAAUGGAGUCGGAAAAAUGGCAACUGGUCAGAAGAUUCCUGAUGAUUGAUGCCUUAUCCGGUCUCAAUGAAAACUUUAAACCUAAGCAUUAUGGUGAAGAUAUCAUGAUUGAGAAGUUUAGCUUUGUGCGGUAUGUGAAUAGUGUUGAGUUGGAGAUUCGACUGCACGCCGAUAACGUUAGGAAUCCUAAUAAAAUCGCAUUGCCUCUGGUGAAACUGAAAUAUGACAUGGUUAAUACGUCGUUAUGGAAAUCUAGAUUGUACUUCGAGGAUACCGUAGAUUUUGAUUUCAAGAUCACUUUCAUUAAAAAGUACAAAUUUGACUCCUUGCUUGAGAUACUUCUUCCAAUAUUUAUUUUAUUGGCCUUUGCCAUGACCCUCUUCCAAACGUUCUGCCACAAACUGCGCCAAAAUAAGAUGUUCUACGAUAUGGAGAUUUUUUUAAACUUUUUAGUGUAUCUUUGCUCCAAUGUAGCUACAGCUUUGCUUUCUGUAACGGCUGUAAUCGCGUUACACGUGCUGAUAACGUACAAAACACAGGAUAAUGUGAAAAUUUUACUUCCAGUUGAGGUCCAAAAUGCUCUGGAGAUUUUCAUUUAUCUGUCAUUCGCUUUUAAGUUGCUUAAAUUGCUUCGAGUUUCUAUACUUAUCUCUGGAAUCGAUAUUUUCUUCAUCGACUGGGAACGGCCAAAAAUACUUGAAACCGGCAUUGGGAACCAGCGCACAAACCUACUCGAUACAUCUUCCAUGACGUCUAGUACUACAAACCGUCCUUCGUGCGACAACGUGUCAGCUUGGCGGAAUUACUUUAUUGCCAAUGAGUGGCAAGAGUUGGCCACUAAGAGAAAAAUUUCCAUGUUCGCACAUGUCAUUUUUUUGAUUUCUGCCUUCUCUCUGUUCGGGUUCGAACAUUGGUCAUCGAGAAGUUUUAAUAUGCACCUAACUAAAAAUGAGGAGAAUCUAGGAGAUAGCGACAAAGUUUUGAGAAUUGCAGUGGGGAUCAUUGUGUACGGAACUGUUUACCUCAUUCAACGAAUAUACAACUUCAUAAUCUACGAACGUUUCAUCGAGAACGCUAUCCAGCAGUUCAUAGACAUAGCAUCGAUUGCCAACAUUUCAGUCUUCAUCUUAUGUAUGGAAUCGUAUGGAUUUUACAUUCACGGUAGAUCUCCUCAUGGAUUUUCAGACACUGACAUGUGUUCGAUGAUACUUCAGUUCAAAAGGGAGGAGGAUAAUCUAUGUGGAAAUCGGGGGCUUCUGCCAGGAUCGGAACAGCAAACAUACUCUAUAUUGGUUCCGAAAAAUCUGCGAACGUUCUACGAUAAGCUAAUCGCUCCGCUUAGAAACUCGUCUCAUUUUGGACCGCAUCAGCACCUCAAUCAGACUCAUUUGGUUGGUAGUACCAAACUAAGUAAUUCGGCAGUCAUCGAUGGUCCAGGAGGACAGUUCGAGUAUAACUUCGAAAGAACAGUAUUGACUUAUUAUAAUGUGAAUCGAUUCUUCGCUGCAUUCGUCGAUCAUGCUCUUAAGGAUUUGGAUUAUAUUAUUCAAGAGAAAUCCAUUAUGGAAAGCAUACUAAACUGUGAAUUCCAGAGCUAUGUUACUGAAAAUAAGGGCGUUUUCUACAUUGACAAUGGACACUCGUUCGAUCAGGUGUUAUUCUAUGGAAACGAAUCGACAUUCUUCCAGCUUGAACUGGCAUUGUUUUUGCUCGUAGUUUUGCUGAGCGACAAUUUCCUGCUGGCAAUCGUUGUGGUCGGUGUGGUGUACAAAUUAUUUCGAAUAGCUAUGAACUACCUGUUGAAGAACAAUUUGGCCAAAAAAACUCUCAUUGACAAACGGUUUCUGAUUUGAGAUUAACUCUCCCGGAGAAAUCGAGCAAUUGUGCUAAACGUGUUUCAUUCAAAUAAGAACUACAAAAUAUUCAUCUGAAUAAACUCUUCUUCCAAUAA